CAGUCCUCGCUGACACUGAUAGCACUUCAUGUCAUAGGAAUAUGGAGAGAUGAAGUGGUUCUCUUUGCAAGCUCCACACAGUCUUCCUUCACGAUUGAGGUAGUCACAGAGUUGGUGAUCUUGCUGGGUAAGGUUCUGAUCUACUUCAUAGUAGAGUCCAAAACCUCCAUCGAUGUACUUGCCAUGAUAUAGAACAUAGAGACAGCGACCAAUUACAGGAUCAUGAUUAUCUUGUUCAGGAGACUGCUGCCACAGGUACACCAUCCUUCAUCCGAAAGGUACAGCC